AUGGGAACGGGGAAACUGGCCAACCACUUGUGUAGUCAUAUCGGGCAGGCAACUGGGAAUGGAGAAACUGACCAAUCACCUGUGCAGUCAAAUAGUGCAGGGAGCAGGCAACUAGGAACAAGGAAGCUGGCCAACCACCUGUGCAUUCAAAUCGUACAGGUGGCUGGCGAAAUCAUGCACGGAGAACUAGCUGUGUACUGCACAUGUACACAAAAAUUUUUAAAAGCAACUGGGAACUGGGAAACUAGCCGACCACUUGUGCAGUCAAAUUGGGCAGGUGGCUGGGAAAUCUUUGUAGGCAUACAACAUGGCAUGAUGGCAUGA